ACAUCUAAUUGUCAUCAUAUAUGUACAUGAUUGUGUUAUAAUUAUGUGGGAGUUACUCGUUUUUCUACCAUUCGCUAUUACGCCAGGAAAUGCACAAACACAAGUAGAGCUGAGCGUCCCGUCCUCACUAAGUCUUGGGAAGGCCCCGUUAACCAUCAGUUGUCGGUCCUUAAAAACUGGUGCCAUCAACCGAAUCCAGAUCGAGAGGAAGCCCGCAACAGGAUCAGUGUACAGUACUCUUGUGUACGUGGGCGAGGGAUUCACUCCAAUAGUUAGGGAUGAUGAGUUGAGACCACGAACAGUUGCAACUGGGAGGGUAGGGGCUUCUAAAGAGGCUUCUCUGGAAAUAAACUUAUCCAAGGACCGUGUGAAUUGCAAUGACUGGGGCUACUAUAAGUGUAAGAUUACCUACACUGUGGGCAACCUAUCCUCAACAGCGACAUCGGCUUCUGUACUUAUGAACUUGGUCGUUCCACCAUCGUCUGCGGAUCCUAUUCUGUUACUCAGUCCCUCUAACAUUCCGAAUGAAGACUCCUCCAGUUAUAGGUAUCUCAAAGGCACCACCAUUAUCAUAGGCUGCAGGGCGGAAGUUGGUUUUCCUGUUGCUUACCCGAUGCGCUUUUGUUUAAAGAAAGUCUUUGGUUAUGAACUCAUAACUGAGCUUCAAGCCAAUUACGUAGCUCCUGCUUCUACGGAUUCCGCAAAGUCUUGUGUUAAAACUAGAACCAUUCUGGCGUCAGUUCCGGUAACCUCUGAUGGACUUGUAUACUGUGACGUGUACAACGCAACAGCCAACAGGGGGUGUUCUACUCACAUGACCUCUACAUCUGCUUCGUUCACUGUUCAGGAUUUCCCGGUCUGCAAUGUGAGUAUUGGUUCGACGAAUGCGUCAUUUAUAACACCUACAUCGAAUGUGACGUCAUCGCCAAAUAUUCCAAAAAAAAUCAAUACUGGAGAAUUUACAACUCCUGAAACAAAGGAUUACACGGUCCUGGUUCUGGGCUGUGUGUUUUUGGUUGUUGCUGGAGCUCUAUUCAUCGCCAGUGUCAUCAUCUAUCUGAAGGCCAGGAAACUCAGAAAAGAAGCAGAGGCGGUGAUGAUUAGAACCACAUAUGAUUCAGUUCAAUACAAUUCUAAAUCGGCGUCUGAAUACUCAUCGCUGGAUAAUUUGGCGGAAAACAUUUACCAUCGUCCUUUGGAGAAACAAGACAGUGAUGGAUAUGUAAUGCCUACCAGUUCCUUUAAGGGAAAGUGAUUGAUUUGUGAACAUUUGUAAUAAUAGUGAUAUAGGUUGAACUUUAAGAAGUCUUUAAAAUAACUCAAACUCAAAGAUUUAGUGAGAAAAAAAAACACAAGGAAAAU